AGAGAGGCUUCGGUAGGAAGAAACAUGGAAACCCAUCACUCUGAUAUAAGACUCUCAUCAUCAUCACCACCCUCUUCUCCUUUUUCUCUGCUCAACCCUCUCAUUGAUUCCACACUACCCAUUUCACCAUAAUAAUUCACACACACCCUCAUCACAACCAUUCAAAAAAUUCCCAUAUCCAAUCAACUGGCCCAACCCAGUAUUGUACUUGUCGUAUGAUCUGAAUUCUCCGCCGUCGAUAUGAUUCAGCUUCUCUUCGCGCUCAUUCUCUCCGAGAUGGGUCUCAUCGUGAUGUUCGUGUUCAAGACCCCACUGAGGAAGCUGGUGAUCAUGGGUUUGGAUCGGGUCAAGCGCGGUCGGGGCCCGAUUGUAGUGAAGUCUGUUGCAGGGACGGUGUUCCUGGUGAUGGCGUUUGGUGUUUACAGUAUGAUGAAGAUCCGGAAGCGUCGGAUCGUAGAUGGUGCUGUUAAUCCGACGGAUCAGGUUCUCAUGGCCAAGCAUCUACUUGAAACCUCUCUAAUGGGCUUCUCUCUAUUCCUUGGACUAAUGAUAGACCGACUGCACCACUAUAUCAGAGAACUUCGUAUAAGGAGGAAGAACGUGGAGCCUGCAAAGAAACAAAGCCGAGUUUUUGAGGAUGGUAAAACUGGAGGUUCGAAGGAAAUCAAAGCCUUGGAAGAAGAGAUGGUCACAUUACGGGCAAAGGUUAAGCAGCUGAAAUCAGAAUUUGAGGGAAAGGAAAAAGAAGCUGCCACUGCAGAAGCCAGUGUGUCUGCACUAAGAAAGCAAUCUGAAGGAUUUCUACUUGAGUACGGCCGUUUGCUUGAGGAGAACCAAAACCUUCGAAACCAGUUGCAGUCAUUGGACAGGAGAUUAUCACAUUCUAAUAGCAAGAAGGUUAUGUAAGGAAACUGUCACCUGUCACCAAACAUAUUUUCUGUUCGUUUUCUUGAUCUCUGUUUGUGAGUUGUGUGGUUUUGUUUUUUAUAUAGCUUUUAGUAGUCAUCCAUGCAUCAUUGUAAGGAUUUAGAAAAGAUGCCAGGAAAAGAGAGUGAAAAAGAAAAGGGGACGUAGAGGUUAUUACUUUGUGUGAUCAAUUUUAAAGCCAAAGUGUUGACAUAGAAUCAGUUUAAUUUUCCAGAAAAAUUCAUACGGUUAAACUUGCAUUCAUUAUAGACAAAUAUUUUCUUCAGCAUUUGGGCCUUAAACUGAUAUUUUUUGUAAGAUUGAGUAGUUUUCAGUGACUACCACCAGUAAAUGGUGUUGGGUGAUUGUCUCAGUUAGGCUGGCUGACUUGACAAGAGUCCAUGUUCAAUGCAAAUUUUCUUGGUUCAUGAUUAGAGGUGCCUUGUAAGGAUUUAUAAUUUGUAUUAUUAUGAUUUUCCUGAUUUUUCAUCCUCUGUUUUCGCAAAGUUUUUGUAUAUAUAUGCUGAUGAACUACUUUGAACUAAA